AACGGCAAUGCGAGAUCUGGAAAAGGUCCUAGAUCUACGGGUGUUCUCUCUCCCCCUCUGCUGCAUUAGACGAACGAAUGCAGUUUCUCUCAAUGCUAACCACUGCUUGCCGCCUUCGUUGAGCUCCCUGCCUGCCGCCUUCGCUGAGCUCCCUGCCUGCCGCCUUUUAUAGAGCAAGGAGAUCUAGGGUGUUCUCCAGAUGCUCAAAGAAUGUCUCAAGAUAUCAAUGUUCAGUAAUUAAUAAUUGAUAUUGACAACAACAAUUUGUUAAUUGUACAAGAAAGGAAUGAGUAUGAUUCACAAGAGAUUACAAGUGCUAUUGCCUCUCAUGAUGUGGUAAAAGCUAGAGAAUGUGAAGAAAUGUCAGGUGAAGAUGGCAUUACUAGUUGGAUGCCUCAUGAAGCGAUGCAAUUUCCUUCAGAGAAAGAAGCUCGUGAGUUUUACAAUGAAUAUGUUAGGAGAGUGGGAUUUAGUAUUCGAAUAGAAUCAUCAAAGAGAUCCACCUCUUAUGGACCUAUUGAUAGAAAAUAUUAUGUUUGCUACAAGGCUAGUAAGAAGAGACCUUAUGUGCCUAAAUAUAAACUGUCAUGUGAACGUCCAAUCCGAGUAGGUUGUAAGACUCCAAUGUCUUUGCACUUUAAAAAUGGAGUUUGGAUCAUCAUCCAUUUUGUUGAUGAACAUAACCACGAGUUGUUUAGCUCUCCAAAUAAAAUAAGAAAAUUGCGCUCUCAUAACAAAGAACAUUUGUUACAAGAGACAAGGGAGUUAAUGGAUCAAUACAAGUUAGCAGGGUGUGGACCUUCAAAAAUUGCAAGAGUCUUGAAUGUCACAGGCCAAGGUAACUCAAAUAUUACUCCCCAACAAUGUCAAGAGCACUUAAGGAAGAAAAGAGAAAGCAACAUUAGUCGUGAGUGGUUGGUAGUUAUGCAACAAUUCUUAGAGAUGACUGCCUCAAAUGAAAAUUUCUACCAUAGCAUGGAGCUUGAUGAAGAUGGUGUUUGCAGGAGCAUGUUUUGGGCAGAUGGGAGAGCAAGGGAAAUGUAUCAACAUUUUGGUGACGUUGUGGUUUUUGAUAUGACAUAUCGAACCAAUCAAUUCCUUUUACCAUUUGCACCAUUUACCAGCAUGAACCAUCAUGGACAAUCAACACCAUUUGGAUGUGCCCUUUUACCAGAUGAGACCGAAGCUACUUUUGUAUGGUUAUUUAAACAAUGGCUAUCAUGCAUGGGGGGUAAAGAACUAGGUGCAAUCAUCACCGAUCAAGACCUGGCAAUCACAAAUGCUAUUAAGAAGGUCUUUCCGAACACACGCCAUAGAGCAUUACAAUCUCGGUGUGAUCAAGAAGUGAAUGAAGACAUGCAAACCAUGAAAGCAAAGCCAGAUCCCCUUAACUUACAUCCUAUUGAAGUUCAAGUGGGAAAUAUAUACACUAGAAAAAUUUUUGACAAAUUUCAAAGUGAAUUCAAAGCAUGUUUCUAUUGUAUGCAUGAUGAAGUGAACACUUGUGACGGGGUGACCACAUAUGUUGUUACUUAUGAGUUGGGAAAGAUGGUUGACUCACAAUUUGUACGAUGUGGACCAUCAGCUAAGGAAUUUGCUUGUACAUGUGGGAAGUUUGAGACUGCUGGACACCGUGAUCAUUACAAUGCUAUUGCACCAUUAUUAGAUGAUAUGAUGAAGCAGUUAGAUAGAGUUGACAAGCAACAUGAAGGUUUGGUUCUUGAACAAAAUGUUAGCACUCCAGCAAUCUCCCAAGGUGCAAUUUCGAGUAAUAUAACAAUUCGUGAUCUGGAAAGAGCUAAAACCAAAGGCCGACCAAGAGAACUUGGUAGGAUUCCAUCUGGAAAACAAGUGUCACAAAAAGCAUCUCAAGCAAGGAUGCGAACUUGUAGCAUGUGUGGUAUCAAAGGUCACGAUGCUAGGACUUGUGGAAAGACAAAGCAGAAGGUGGAAGCUAAUGAUAGUUUAAGCCAACCACUACAUGAGAAGGAGUGACUUUGAUGACAUAAAGCUAUAAAAUAAUAGGAGGGAUUUAUUGCAUGUCAAUUCCAGCUGAACACAUAUUCCUUCAAUUUGAUCAAGCUUUUCAAUAGCAGGGCAUAUAUGGGUUGCAAAUUUAUAAAAAAAAUACUCUUUGUUUUUAUCAUGUUUUUUUUGUCCGGAUGAUCAAGUUAUGUUAUCAAGUGAACUGAACUUUUUUGUGCAAAAAUUUGUGCUUUUGCAUUAUUGUAUUGAUCAAAGAUAAGUCAAGCCAAUGGGCUUCUUUUGUUUAUUAAAUUGGUGUUGGUUUU